GUUACGUAACUCUCACAAGAUGGCAGCGCCCAGAGCGUUCUUGCGCCUGGUGGCCCCAAUAUGGAAUGGGAGUACCAGGAGCAUACAUGGCCUGAGUGGGGAGAUGGCCCCAGAGGGCAAUCAGAGGAAGAGGACACUGCUGCAGCUCCUGACUGACUGCUUCCGUGACGUGGAGGCUCUGAGGGAGUACUUGCUCCAAAAGCAACUGUCAAAUGUGCAUCAGAAAAAUCGAUCCUUCACCCACAUUGAGGAGCAAUACGGCCCAUACAUCGGAGGUGCCUUUUUCAUCCUGAAGCAGGGAGGCGCAGUCAAGUUUCAGGACAAGGAGUGGAUCAGGCCAGAUGGGCGUGGUCGUUUCCCUCUUGAGUUCUUAAAGUUCCAGGCCGUGCCUGUAGAGGCUGUUGAUGCCAGUGGCUGUGCCAUCAACUACCAGGGCCUAGACAACCUAUUGUCCAUGAAGGAGCUCCAGUCCUUGUCACUGAAGCGCUGCCCCCAUGUGGAUGAUUGGUGUCUCAGCCAUCUCCACCCUCUGGCCAACUCACUACAGGAGCUCUUGCUGGCGGGUUGCCCCCAAGUCUCCGAACGGGGCCUCGCCUGCCUCCACCACCUCCAGAACCUCCGCAGACUGGAUAUCUCAGACCUCCCUUCCGUGGCCAACCCAGGCCUCACUCAGAUCUUGAUGGAAGAGAUGCUGCCCAACUGUGAGGUUCUGGGGGUUGACUGGGCCCAGAGUCUGAAGUUAGAGUUGGAGGAACAGCCUCGGGACACAGCCUAGCCUUCAGCCCCCUCCCCACUCAAGCAGGACCUCAGUGGGGCUAUGUGGAAUGUCCAGCAGCUCUGCACACUUCCAGUUGGGUUCACUCAACAUGGGGGUGGGGUGUGGCACUGGCAGAUCAGAGGAAAGGAGAGCAUGAGGUCAGGGUGUUUAUUCCUGGCUGUCCUUGGCUGGAGUUCACACUCCUGAGAGGUGUGUGGAGGGAAAGGCUCCAGGCUGCAAGUAGCCUCAGAGAGCUGCACACUCACCUUCGUGGUUUCCCCACACCUGGCCCACACCUUGUCAAGAGACUCUUCUCAAACUGUCCUCAUGAGUGUGCUGCUGUUUCUUGCAGGGACCUUGACUGAUACAGGGGGGUGCUAUGGCACUUUACAGGGAUGGUGCUUCCCCUGCAGGACUGGUCUCACUGUAGGAUGUGUGGCAUCCUUGGCCCACGCUCACUAAAGACCAGUAGCACCCCAAGUCCCGUGGUGUUGCUGCUUACCAAUUUAUUGACUCUGUGCUGCAUGUUCAACUGUUUCGUCUUCCCUGUGAAAAUGGAUCUGGGUUUUUGAAAUAUUUUUCCUUUGCCAACUGACAUGAUAGGCUUUGUCAGUAGAGGGCGCUUGAGAGACAUUACGGGAGGAAAGGACUUUGCUCCCGGGUUCUGCUUCAGUUUGGUGUGCUCCUCCCACACAUGCAACUUCUCCAGCGUCUGUGUCCUGCAGUGCUUGUGGCUUCCCCAGUACACAGCUCCUGAAGUGCCAGAUGGUCAGCAGCUUCCCCUGCCACCCCUCAUCCACCAGCACUUUCAUAGGAGGCAUAGUGCCUCUGCUGAGGCACUGCUCUGUGAACCACUUUCCCCAGCACCCCAGGUGAUUCCAAGGCAUUUUACCAAUGAAUCCCUGGUUAUCCAAUUCACUGUUAAAGUCAAUAAUUCUUUAUAUUAAACUUUCCCUGUUCAAA